AUGGUCCACCUCGUCCUGUACUCGCCCAAGGCCAACCUCUCCUCCAAAUACUUUCCCUACCAUGGCUACCUCGGCCUCACCCCGCUCAGAGUAGAAGGCAUCGUCCGCACCAGGCUCGACGAGGACGGCAAGCUCCUCCCCGCAAAGUCCCUCACCGUCGCCGUCCGCUGCUACGAGCUCCGCCUCGGCCGCCUCACCGUCCUCUCCUCCCACCUCCUCGUCGACCACGCACUCGACCUCUGGCGCAAACCCGACGACCACGACUACGCGAGCAUCGGCGACGCCGAGUUCCCCUUCCGCAUCACCCUCCCGCCCACCGUCGGCGGCCCGAGCACUGUCCAUUUCACAGACUAUCGCGUCUUCUGGAAGGUAGAGGCUGUUCUCAACCACAUCCCCAUCGCGGGUAUUGGCGCC